AUGACGGACGAGGAACCUUCGCUGAACAUACCGUCGCUCCUCACUCUAGCGGUUGUAUCGUAUUUUGUUCUCCGAUGGUUCUUUAACCGCGACGAAAGCUCCGCGGGGGAAGCCGAGGUGGAACAGAUCGCGCAGAUGUUCCCUCAACUGAACACUCGGGAUAUAAUGUGGGAUCUGCAGCGUAAUGGCGGCAGUGUCGCCGCAACGACAGAGAGAGUCCUGACUGGACGGGGGCUGGAAACGCCUCCUCCUUCGUUCCAACCUCCGGUCGCAAUUCCCCCCACCAAUAUCCCGAUGGCGCAGACCGCCACGCCCGUACAGAAAGCGGACGCACAGGACUUGAUAUCUCGGUACAAUUUGAGUGCAAAGGUCGAAAGCCCUGCUAUAGAGUCAGAACCCGAAAAGCCUUCCAAGUCCUCCUGGUCCCAGAAUAAGGAAGAGCGCCAGCGGAUACUGCAGAAGCGUCGGGACGACAUGAUCUUGGCGGCGCGGAGAAAGAUGAUGCAAAAGAGCCAGGGCAAUGUAUGA